AUCGAAAUUACGGGCUUCUUUAUUUUUUCCAAUACCCCCUUUUGUCAAGUCGAGACCGCGCUGUCUCCGUCAAGCCCGUAUCCUGCUUGUACCAUAUCUUGAUUCAUAUCCUCGUUUUGGUUGGUUUUUGUUGCCGCAAUUAGACACCAACUUCUCCGCCCUUCAAUUCCUAGUGAAAUAGUGUGCACCUCCCCUUUAUGCAUGGAAAGAGCUUUUGGUACGCCAGUGCUGCCCAGCAGCGGCCCAACGACUUCAUUCCCGGUAGUUCCAAAUGGACAGCAAACACAUUGAAAGAGCUCCAUUCUCUUGUCCAACAGAGCGAGAAGGUACUUGCGCAUUCGGUCAAUAUGGAGUUGGCCUGGUUGAACGAACAAAUCUUUGAGGCAAUUCAAGAGGAGUCUCAUAAUAAAUCCCCUACCCCCCUUGUCCUACUCACAUCGCCGAAAAAGUUCCAGCGAGAGGAUUCGCCAAUACGGGACUACCGGAAAAACAUAUUGGCUAUUUCGCCGGUGAAGAUACCCCUGCUCGUGGACAAGAAACCCCCCCAUCCAGACUCCGACUUGAAAAGCUCGUUAUAUACAGAGAGGGACUUGAAAGAGGCCCUUUUCCGGGAAGACCCGGGGAGCUCGCCCCUGGUUGCUGUAUUAGUGCCCCAAGAACCUGAUUUGAACCACAAAAGCUCCCUUUAUAAAGACACAGACGUCGAUACACACUCCGACGAAGACCUUUCCUUUAACGCCAUCAGCAGGGCAAUUCGCAAGAGUAUCGCCCGGAAGUCGAUCGUUGCACACCCCAGUGUACAUGAAUUGUCGGAGAGGGGAGACACCAACACAUCGGAGGUAUCGAAUAAGGGUAGAUCCGAAGUGGUCACCUCCCGCGAUGUCGAAUCCUCAGGAAACGCAACCCUCACGUUGGCUGAGCCCACCAAGUCUGUCGAAUCUGUCAAUGCUCAACGACGCGAGAAUAAGAAGUCGACCUUUGGGUUUGUGUCGUUACCGUCACGAAAUCCCUUGUCUGUCAAAAAAGCUGCUGAUGCUAAGCCCGAUUUGGACAGCAAGCCAAAGACUGUCAAUGAUAAGAUUAUGACUGAUUCUGGAAAGAAUGGGGAAUUGAAACCGCCCAGAACCGAUACAGACUUAUUUGCCACCAUGGAAAUAUCCCCCGUUGCAAGCGCUGACCCAGCUACCCAUAGAGAUCUCUCUCCAUUAGCCGUGUAUAAGCAAGCUCCUGGACUAGCUAAAGUGGACCUCAAAAAGAUGCAAAGUCUUUCACCGGUAAACAGACCUGAUGUGUCAAUACAAACCGAACAAACAGAUGAAGAAUGGAUCCCCUUGCCUGAUCCGUCCCCGGUCAAGCCAAGGCUACAGCUGCCUGUUGCCUCUUCCGAGACACCAGUAGUAGGAACGGUCCUGGAAAUACCGAAGCUCGAACGGAUAACGAGCCUCCAAAACCCGCCUUUGUUAUCUCAUGACAGCAGUAACAGCGUUUCUGCGAUCGAAAGCGAUAUCGAUCGGAAAUCGUCGCCAAUGGCUACCCUCCUUGCCUCUGUCGGCUCUACCCUCAGACGUGCUAAGGACUUGCUCUCCCCGCGAAAGCUUCAGAGACCAUCAUCGCCAUUACGAAACUCGCCUUCGAAAUCAGGACGAGUCACCAAGCCGACUGUGUCUGUGAAACCGGAAAGAGGGUCCUUUAUGCUCCCCACCACCGCCUCCCAGCUUCGGAGUGCUUCUAGAGGUGUACAGAAUGACUAUAACGGAAGUCCACUUUCACGUCGCAACGGCAACAUCGGAAAUGGUACUGGGUCCAACCGCCUAGUGGCCACAAACUUAAAGACCGUGAAGGCUCCGGUGUUUAAGCCCAUGACAUCUACGACCACUUUGGCGGCGCCAAGAACUGCCCACGAAGACGAUUCUCAAGGAGCAUCGCCUCUUAAACGAGUUCGUGGCAGUGCAAACGCCAGCGGCAAGGUAAAUGAGAGGCAAAAGAGCAGUGCCACCAGGGCAGAUCCAAUUUCACACCAUGAGAAUAUGUUUCUAGCUACUUCUCCGGCGGCAAAGGUCUCAGAAUCAUUGACCAAGACUCCGUUGUUGGCUCAGCCCAAAAGCCUGAAACGAGUGUCCUUGUUGAACGACUUAAGGCCACCGGUGAAACCGCAAACAGUUGUCAAAGUCCCUAUGGCUGCCAAGCGGGAGUAUGACCGUAAACAGCUAGCUUCCUCCAAGCCCAAGGAAACACUUCCACGGUCUGCAUCUGUGCCGCAGCCUGACGUGCACGAGUUGGUCAAGCCUGCGAGGAAGCAGCCUCGGAUCAUCCCCUUAAACCGCAAGUCUCCGGCUUUCCUAGAGGCUAACAAGAAUGUCGCCAAAAUCAAGGCUAAGAUGCAGGUAUCGGAGGUUGCCGCAACAAUCGUUGAGACUGCCGAUAACGUAUCUCCGGCUGAAGCAGCGAAUGGGUCUAAGAAGCGCAAAACCACUGAAGCUGUAUCUCUAAGUAUGGAGACGCGUGCGGUCAGAACGUCCAAUGCAAGAACUGAGUCCCAGAGGACAACGCCUGUGGUCUCCAAGACCAGCGACUUCUUCAAGCCAUCUAUGGGUUUACAGAAAGGCAAUGGCAGCGGUGUCCAUAGCAAACUUGUGGGUGAGAUGAGUAAGACUGAGCUGGCCAAAACUCGCACGCUGCUGACCAGGGUCUCGAUUCAGGCAAAUGGCGUGAUUCCUCUCCCCGAAAUCUUCUCCGAGUCAGAGGACGACGAAGAGGGAUCAGUGUUGAAAGAAUGGGCAAAGACCCCUGAGUUGAACAAAGUGUUGCUUAGCCAGCUUCAAGUGGACCCGGAUAAAGUGUUCGGUCCGAUUGCUCCGUUAAGAAUGGAAGAGAUUUUCAACUCCAAUCUCUCCCGAAUGCGUGCCCGCAACUCGUCUAGUUGGACUGGUCAGGAUAAGUUGACCCCUGACGAGAUUGACGAGUACACCAAAAAUAUGGGGUACAAAAAUGGGAAGCCCAGUUAAGGUGAUAGUAUCUCAAGUGACACCUCGAUAGACAUCAAAAGUGCAUA